AGUUAUCAGUUUUAAUUUUGGCAUUGUGUAUUAAAAAUCUUCAAUUUGUAUAAAAAGAGUUUAGUUUUGUGUUAAACUCCUUAAAAUUCCUUUUUUUUCGAAAAAAUAAAAAACUUAAAAAAGUUUGUAAAAUUUUUAAGUAAAUUUUUAUACUACAACAAAAACACCACCAGUUAUUUAAAUAUGACCGCCUUUAAAGUAAUUGUCCUCUUGGCUGCCAUGUUAGCUUUGGCCUAUUCUGCUCCUUCACCAGGCUUCUUUGGCAAACAUGAACAUCACACCAUUCACGUGCCAUACAAUGUACACACCAUUCAUCAUCAUCACGUCAAGAAGGUACCAAUUUACAAGGAAGUUGUUAAGGAGGUUCCCGUUUACAAGGAAAUCGUCAAAGAGGUUCCCGUUGUAAAGGAAGUACAUGUCCCCGUUAUCAAAGAAGUCCAUGUACCCGUGUACAAAGAAGUUCAUGUUCCCGUGCAUGUUCAUCAUGAGGAACACCAUGAUCAUCAUGAUCAUCACGAUUUUGAUUCACACAAAGGAUGGUCAUCAUCUGGUUGGUAAUAAGGAGUGUAGUUAAUUCAUUAUAAAUUUUAGUUUUUAAGUUAAUUUGUUUUUAUUUACUUGUUAGUAUUAAAAAAAUUAAAAAGUUAUGUACAAUAAUUACAAAAACACAAAAAUGU